AUAGUUAACAAACAACAAAAUCUUAGUAGUGGAGUUGAAACUGGAGUCAGGACUCACUGCACUCUGUUAUGUGGAAUUAAUUUUCAUUCUUAGUGAUCAAUCAUAUCCAUCUGGAUAUGAAAAUAUUCAUAAACCGCUAUUAAUAAAAAGGAAUAUGUCGCUGAGCGGUCAGUUCCAAGAUGCUCCCUACAUUAUGAGUUCUCAUGAGAGACUGAAUCAUACGACAGACAGCCAUGUCCAGGACACAGAAGACAAUACUAUCAAUGGGUCACACCAGAACAUCAAGCUGGAGACCAUACGUGGCCCGGGGAGCAAGUAUUACCACCCAAUACACAGAUUACCUGAGACACACACUGACGCAGGAGACGGCAACGAUGAUGACAUGGAAAAGGGGCAGAACUGUUCUCCGUGUGCCUGUCCUACUUCUUGGACACAAAAACUGACAGGGCUGCCUGUAUUCGUCAUGUGUUAUGGGAUCGCUGGCAUCUGGAUGAUGACACUGGGGUCACUUUUAGGAUCGCAGAUUACUUCCAUUGAGCGGCACCUUGGGCUGUCCAGCAGUAAGACAGGUCUCAUUUUGAGCAGUAAUGAUAUUGGCUAUCUGAUCGCCGUGCUGUUUGGAAGUCAUAUUGGUAAAUACACGCACAUACCCAGAUGUCUUUCCGUUUCUGGCUUAGUGUUUGGAAUUAGCGCAAUAGUCAUGUCGUUUGGAAGACUGGAAGAGCCCAGAGUCUGGCGAAGAGGUCUCCAGAACAAUCAAACGACGCUCGAGAUGAAUCAAGGGAUUCAGUUUUUGUGUUCUGUGGAGGACUACACAAGCUACAUGAACUCCAGCAGUGGCGUCAACAUUACACACGGAGGGGCGCCCUCCAUCCGCCACGCUUCCUCAUCUGGCCAGCCCAUGGCCCAGGAUCUGUCAUGGGCUUUCUGGGUGUUUGUGGUCUCAGCUGUGGUAGGUGGGAUGGUCAAAUCCUAUAGAAUCCCACUGCUGACCCAUUACGUGGAGAGCAACAUACAAGACAAGAGCAGAUCUGGAAUGUAUUUAGGUUCAUCUUUCACCGCGAUGGUGUUCGGUCCACCAGUGGCUUUACUUCUCGGUAGCUAUGUGAGUUCACUUCCGGUUGACCUUCAAGAAACGACUAUGUCCAAGUUCGACCAGAGGUGGGUGGGUGCCUGGUGGCUGGGCUUCAUCAUCGUGGGCUCGGGGAGCAUUCUCUUUUCUCUACCCGUCAUGUUCUUCCCCAAGCACGUCAAAACUGCGCCAGAAAAAAUGAAAACAGACAAAGAGACAAACAGAAUGAAGUCUGUCAAGAAAGUUUUCAUAGACAUGCCAAAGUCUUUAGCCAGAAUAUUCCGACGUCCAGUAUACAUCUUGGCAUUAGUGGGAGGGUGUCUUGAGGGAUUCGCCUUCUCUGGUUGGUUCUCGUUUUCCCAGAAGUACAUUGAGACUCAGUUCAACAAGACACCACAGCAAGUCAGUAUGACCACAGGUAUCAUCAUUAUUUUUACACUGGCCGGAGGAACGUUUCUGGGAGGUUACCUGAGCUCAAGACUCAAGCUAGAGCUGAGAGGAUGCACCAUUUAUACUCUAGUCAUCUGCGGGGUCAGUGCUGCCUUGGACUCGCUUUAUCUCAUUUUUGGAUGUGACAAUUCAGAAGUUAUGGGACUUGGCGACUCAAGCACCGUUUCAAGCGAGGCUUGUGGCUGCAGUUCCCAAACAUUCUUCGUGUGCGGAGACAACAAUGUCGACUACCGGUCACCCUGUCUAGCUGGAUGUACUAAUGUGUCCAACAUGGUCUUCAGUAACUGUUCAGAGAUUAUGGGUGGUCAAGCUCGCCCUGGACUGUGUGCAUUAGGAUGUCCAAACUUCAUUCCCUUUAUGGUUGUCUACUCCCUCAGCAUGUUGAUUGGCUGUUCAGGCAUUGUGCCAGGAUUUUUGAUGGUAGUAAGGUCAGUUGAAAGUGUUGACCAGUCACUUGCGACUGGAGCCUCAGCGUUCUGCCAGACUUUAAUAGGGAUGCUGCCGGCCCCAAUCCUUUUCGGCAAACUGAUCGACAGCACCUGUCGUCUGUGGUCAGUUACCAGUGGCUACUGUAUGCUGUAUGACAGGGUUAUGUUCAGAUAUUACUUCAAUGGAAUCUACAUAGGCCUCAGGAUCGCUCACGUGAUUGUCCUUAUAUUUUUACUUCUGAUUGUGCAACGGCAGGGAAAGAGAGACAACUCCACCAGAACACCAGAAGUCAAGUGAACUCAUCAGUAGAUCUGCAGUAUAUUGGACUAUUAGUCGAACAAAAUAAAAAUAGGCUGCUUUGCAUUAAAAAAUCUGGCUAAAGAAAUACAUGAGAUUAAUGUUGCCUGUUAAUAUCAAUUUGGCUGGAGAGCGAUUUGAAAUUAACUUAACAAAAUAAUCCUGGGUCUAAAAUAUAGAAAUGAUAUGUAUCAGGCCCAGUUUGUUGUUAAAUUAUAUUCGUAAUAAACGAAAUCAUUGUUUUGCA